AUGGCCGCCGAGUCGAUCACGUUUGUGCUGAACCGCCUGGCGGACCAGGCGGUGAAGGAGGCGGCGCUAGCGCUGCUCCGCGGCGUGGACAGGACAUGUGGGAAGCACGCCGACCAGGAGCGGCGCAAGCGCGCCAAUAACUACGUGGCGCUGUGGGUGCGGCAGACGCGGGACGUGGCGCACGACGCCGAGGACGUGCUCGACGAGUUCCUCCGCAAGGCUCCAGGAGAGAUCUCCAACAACGUCGACAAGAACUGGAGGAACCAGCUGUCGGCGACGGCCGCCAAAUCCUCCGUCUCCGCCGCUGCAUGGUUCCCACCUCGCAGUCGAGAUCCCGCCGGCGCCGUCCUCGCCGAGCCGAGAUCCAGGGUGACGGCGCCACCCCUGUGCGGGCCGAGAUCCCACCGGCGUCGUCCUCGCCGGGACGAGAUCUCCCGCCACCCCUGUGCCGUCUCCGUCGAGAUCCGGAGCACCGCCGCCGACCUCACCGCCGACAACUUUGGGGACGUGCAGAGCCCGCCGUUCCCGUGCUUCAAGCGCUUCAUACUCAAGAGCACCACCAUCACCGUGUACAAGGGAUUCGCUGACGAGGGCGUCAAGAAGGGGUUCAAGCCGCAGGACAACGCCGUCAAGCUCUGGGACCCCGAGGGUGCGCAGGGGCACAAGGAGUGGCUGGAAAUAUAUUCUCUAAUGGGAAGUCGGAAGCACUUUAUUCCACCUUUGUUGUCCAAUCAUCAAUCUGACAGCAAUGUCGCGAGCCUCUCAGCCAUAGCUGCGUGCCGAUGUGAGGAGCUGUUGAGAGUAGUCCAAGAAGAGAAGAUUGGAGACAAUGGUCCAGCGACCUCAUCGAGUUCAAGAACUCCACGGUUCCCAAAGACUUGUGUUUCAGAUACUAUUGUGCAUACAAGGUUAUAUGUGGACAUUCUUGACCAAUUUAAGAGGAUUAUUUUCUUAUCAUUAUUAUUCCUGCAGGGUUUUGCAAGAAAGGCACAUGAGCACAAAAAGAAAAUCACCAGAGAUAAUGCGUUCACCUAG